AUGGAAGUGGUCAACAAUGUCACUGAGUUUAUAUUCCUGGGACUUUCCCAAGAUCCUGGAAUACAAUUGAUGUUCUUUGCCCUGUUCCUACUCUUCUACAUCGUGAUCAUGGUGGGAAAUUUACUCAUUUUGCUUACCGUCUUUUCUGAUCCCCGGCUCCAGACACCCAUGUAUUUCUUCCUUGGCAACCUGUCCUUUGUGGACAUUGCGUAUUCCUCAGCCACGGCACCCAAGAUGAUUGCAGACUUUGUUUCUGAGAAAAAGACUAUUUCCUACUGGGGGUGUAUAACACAGAUGUUUACUUUUCACUUUUUUGGUUGUGCUGAAAUUUUUGUUUUGACUGUCAUGGCUUUUGACCGCUAUGCUGCCAUCUGCCACCCCCUCCGUUACACUACCAUCAUGAGUGUCAGUGUUUGCACCAUGCUGGCCUCACUGUCCUGGCUGGGAGCCCUCGGUCAUUCCUUUGUCCAGACUCUUCUGACCUUUCAGCUACCCUUCUGUAGUGCACAGACCAUAGACCACUACUUUUGUGAUGUUCACCCAGUCUUAAAACUUGCCUGUGCUGAUACAACCCUGGUAAACAUGUUGGUGAUUGCAAACAGUGGUUUUAUCUCCCUGGGAUGUUUCCUUAUUCUUUUGGCCUCCUACAUAAUCAUCCUAUUUAAUCUUCGGAAACGGUCUGCAGAGAGCCAGCGCAAAGCUCUCUCUACCUGUGGAUCUCACCUGACUGUAGUCACUUUCUUCUUCAUCCCUUGUAUCUUUAUUUAUCUUCGUCCAUCCACCACUUUUCCACUGGAUAAAGUUGUGUCUGUGUUUUAUACCACCAUCACCCCAAUGCUAAACCCACUCAUUUAUACUCUGAGGAAUGAAGAUGUAAAGAACUCCAUGAAGCGACUAUGGAACCGAAUUGUCUCCUUGAAGGAAAAGCAGAAGGGAUAG